AUGGCGCAGCUGUGCGGGCUGAGGCGGAGCCGGGCGUUUCUCGCCCUGCUGGGAUCGCUGCUCCUCUCUGGGGUCCUGGCGGCCGACCGAGAACGCAGCAUCCACGACUUCUGCCUGGUGUCGAAGGUGGUGGGCAGAUGCCGGGCCUCCAUGCCUAGGUGGUGGUACAAUGUCACUGACGGAUCCUGCCAGCUGUUUGUGUAUGGGGGCUGUGACGGAAACAGCAAUAAUUACCUGACCAAGGAGGAGUGCCUCAAGAAAUGUGCCACUGUCACAGAGAAUGCCACGGGUGACCUGGCCACCAGCAGGAAUGCAGCGGAUUCCUCUGUCCCAAGUGCUCCCAGAAGGCAGGAUUCUGAAGACCACUCCAGCGAUAUGUUCAACUAUGAAGAAUACUGCACCGCCAACGCAGUCACUGGGCCUUGCCGUGCAUCCUUCCCACGCUGGUACUUUGACGUGGAGAGGAACUCCUGCAAUAACUUCAUCUAUGGAGGCUGCCGGGGCAAUAAGAACAGCUACCGCUCUGAGGAGGCCUGCAUGCUCCGCUGCUUCCGCCAGCAGGAGAAUCCUCCCCUGCCCCUUGGCUCAAAGGUGGUGGUUCUGGCGGGGCUGUUCGUGAUGGUGUUGAUCCUCUUCCUGGGAGCCUCCAUGGUCUACCUGAUCCGGGUGGCACGGAGGAACCAGGAGCGUGCCCUGCGCACCGUCUGGAGCUCCGGAGAUGACAAGGAGCAGCUGGUGAAGAACACAUAUGUCCUGUGA